CCGUGUUCUUGGACUCUGUUACGUGCUGCCAUUUUGCCAAGGCUAGCCCCCUCCUCCUCUUCUUCCUCUUCUUCUUUUCGCGACGAUCAGAGAAGAAGAUGACGAUCACCAUUGAACAGCCCCAGCUCGAUGCGGUGGCGGAGAGGAAAGUCCCCGGCGGAGGUGACCCCGCGGAGCUGGUGCUCGACGCCGGCUUCGUCGUGCCGGACGCCAACGCCUUCGGCAAUACCUUCAGGGACUACGACGCGGAGUCGGAGCGGAAGCAGACGGUAGAGGAGUUCUACCGGGUGAACCACGUGAGGCAGACGCACGAGUUCGUGGCGCGGAUGCGGGCGGAGUACGGGCGGCUGGACAAGACGGAGAUGGGCAUCUGGGAGUGCAUCGAGCUGCUGAACGAGUUCAUCGACGACAGCGACCCGGACCUGGACAUGCCCCAGAUCGAGCACCUGCUGCAGACCGCCGAGGCCAUCCGCAAGGACUACCCCGACGAGGACUGGCUCCACCUCACCGGACUCAUCCACGACCUGGGCAAGGUGCUGCUGCACCCAAGCUUCGGGGAGCUCCCUCAGUGGGCUGUCGUCGGUGACACCUUCCCCGUCGGCUGCGCAUACGACGAGUGCAACGUCCACUUCAAGUACUUCAAGGAGAACCCCGACUACCACAACCCGAAGCUCAACACCAAGUUGGGGGUCUACUCGGAGGGCUGCGGCCUCAACAAGGUGCUCAUGUCAUGGGGCCACGACGACUACAUGUACCUGGUGGCCAAGGAGAACAAGUGCACCCUUCCUUCCGCGGGGCUGUUCAUCAUCAGAUACCACUCGUUCUACCCCCUGCACAAGCAUGGAGCCUACACACACCUGAUGGACGAUGAGGACAAGGAGAACCUCAAGUGGCUGCAUGUGUUCAACAAGUAUGACCUGUACAGCAAGAGCAACAGCAGGAUCGACGUGGAGGAGGUGAAGCCCUACUACAUGUCCCUAAUCGACAAGUACUUCCCGGCCAAGCUAAGAUGGUGAGAAGGGGCGGCCUGGCCUGGACCUGGAUGGAUGGAACCCCAAGGCCCCACCAAGAGCUGUCGUUCCAAGUGUCCAUGUACCAUAUACAUAUAUAUAGACUACGAAUACAGUAUGUGUGCCAUGUACGGUCAUUUUUUUUACAGAGUUGAGAGGAGUACCCAUGCCGUUUCGAAUAAAAGUUGCCUGCGUUUGUUCC